AUGUCUGGCGGCAACAGUGCUAACAGCAGCUGGACCAUCGUCAGUCCUGAGGAGACUGUUGCUGAGACUGUAAGGCCUCUGGAGGAACAAACAAAGCAUGAACAAGCUGGUGAGCUAAGCAACCAGCCAGCAGAGGGUGCAGAGUCUACAUCAAGUCUCCCGGUGGAGGACCACCAGGUACCAGAAAAAAGAAAAACAGACCCAAUUGAAGGCUCCAGCACAGAUCAUCCCCCCUCCGUGCCCUCAUCUGUCACAGAUGUCCCCAUUCCUUCCGGUGACGUCCAAUCAAAGGCUCCACCCGACGGCCCCAACCAGGACACCUUCUCCGACUCUGUGAGCCAUGUGACCCCCUGCUGUGAUGAGCCCUCGGAUUCGCUGAUGAGCACAGAGACUCUAGGAGGUGUGGAGCUCACGCAGCAAGAAGGGCUGCACGACAGAUCUUGGGAGAAAGACCCCAGACAGGAAGGGGAGAAGCCAGACCUGCUUUCUAAACACAAAGAUGACUCAGUGCAGCCAGGAUCAGGUGAAGAAAAGGCCGAGGACACAGAGUCCGAGAGGAAGCGCCUCCUGGCUUCUCUGGAGCGUAUUGGAAGGGUAGAUGAAGAAGAGGAAGGAGAGGAUGAAGAAUUCCAGCUGCCACAGCAGAAGGGGGAUGAGAGCAUGUUCUCUUUGAACAAGUGCAUCCUGGGUGCUGUCAUCCUGGUCGGACUUGGGACCAUCUUCUUCUCAGGUGUCCUCUUGGACCUGGAUGAGGACAGCGACUUCAGUACAAAGGAACUGAGAGAUUCAGAAGAAGCUGGAAAACAGGAGUGGCUGCAUCCAGAGGCUUUUCCAGGAGAUGCUGAGAACUCAGAGCUUCUGACGAAACUAGCUAAAGGAAAUGAGCAAAUUUCUGUUUUGCAAGCUCAACUUCAGGCACAGAGAGAAGAGCUGAAAGCAGCUGAGGGUCAAGUGGCGGAGAGUGAAACGGAGCGACUGCGCUGGCUUGAGGAAAAUAGUAGGUUGAAGUCCGAGAUGGCAUCUCUUCCUAUUCUUCAGAAAGAGAAUGAGAGGCUAAUGAGAGAACUGGAGACACUGCCGACACUUGAGAAUGAACUAAAAACCUUGAGAUCCGCUGUCACUAAGUUGACAGUGCCCUCAAGUGGACAACCAGAAGGCAGCAAACAGGAUGGCAAACUUGAGAAGGAGGAGGAUAAAUAUGACAAGGGUGAUAAGAAAGAGAGCAAGAAAUCUGAAUGGAAGGAAAGCGAGAGAAAAGAACGCAAAGAUGGCAGCAGAAUAGAGCGGAAGGAGUCUGAAAGUGGUAAACGCGAGCACGGAAGGUCCCAUAUGGGGAAGGAAAAGGAAGGAAAGCGUGAGGAGGAAAAAGACUUGAAGAAGGAGAGGCGAGGGGACGAGGGGAAAACGUGGAAGGAGCAGGAUGGAAAGAAGGCGCAUGCUGAGAGGAAAGAGUGGAAGAAGGACAAGCAUGAAAAGCAAUGGGGAGGAAAGGAGAAGGACUGGAGAAAAGAUGAAGACAAGUCACUCAAGGAGAAAGAGAAGUGGAAGAAAAAGGGGAAGGAUGCCUUCAUGGAGCCUGGUGAAGAGAAGAAUUGGAAGAGCAAAGAUGGUAAAAAAGGAAGAGGAGAUGAGAGGAAACACGUGGAGGACGCCAAAAAACAAGCUCAAGAGACUGAUGACAGGAAGCAGUGGGGUCAAAAAGGGAAAAAUGAUAAGGACUGGCAGAAGAAUGGAGAUAAAUCGAAGAGGAAAGUGGACAGUGGAGAGUUGAAAGAUAAACAGUCAAAUUGGCAUAAGCACAAAUUGUCUGACCACCAUCACGAGGGGAACAUCUGGGCCGAGAGGAAGAGUGGGCAGCAACAGUCCUCCGCAGAUCCAGCCAACUACUGGACCCAGCAGAGGAAGCGCCUUCACAGGAAGCCUAAACAGCUGCAACACUGCCACUCCCAGGAGGCCUGUGCCCAAGCCGAGGGGCUUCAUCCAGUUUCCUUCUCCCAGUUCCAGUCCAUCCUCCAAGCCUACCUUGCCAAAGCUGAGCAGGCUGGCGUGGACUCCUCCAAGAUAAACGAGCUCCAAAAAUUAGCGGCCGAGUUCUUCCAGGACGGUGUGUUCAUGCACGACCAAGUCAACUUCCGCAAGUUUGUGAAGGACCUGUCGGAUAUUUUGGAAGACAUGGUUGAAGGGGAUGGGGAAGAUAGCGACCUGGAAGAUGAGAUGGAGGCGUUCGGGAGGGAAGCUGUGCAGAAGUUUUUAGCGGUAGGAAGCGGCAGCGAGCGACAAAAAGGGGAGUGGAAGAAAGAGAAUGCACAAGCCAGUGGCUGA